AUGGACUGCCCGACACUCAAAUGGGGUAUCAUUGGCACCGGCCAGAUCUCGACUGCAUUUGUGACAGAUCUUGUUCUUCCUCGAGAUGACAAGAACGCCAACCACGUCGUCCAAGCUAUUGGACCCUCCUCGAAGGAGAAGGCGGAUGAGUUCGUGAAGAAGGUUGCACCAGAGAGCGCCGCCACUACCUACGGAGCCUAUGAUUCAGUCUAUGCCGACCCUGCAGUGGAUAUCGUUUACAUCGGUACCCCCCAUGCAUUCCAUAAAGAGGCAUGUCUGGCUGCGAUAGCCCAGGGAAAGCACGUUCUGUGCGAGAAGCCAUUCACUCUGAACCGACGGGAGGCCGCUGAGGUAUUCGAUGCUGCGAGGAAGAAGGGUGUUUUUGUCAUGGAAGCACUUUGGACCCGAUUCGUGCCCCUAUGUCAGGAACUUCAGAAAGCAGUCCACGAAGACAAAGUCAUUGGGGAGGUCAACCGAGUCUUUUGCGACUUUGGUUUGCACAUAGGUCUUGAGACUCUGCCCAGUUCUUCUCGUUUGAAGAAUGUAGCCCUGGGUGGUGGAUCACUUCUUGACAUUGGAAUUUACUCCUUAACCUGGGGACUGCUGCUUUUGGACAACGGCAUUGGAGAGACCGCUGCCACGCCUCAGGUCUUUUCCGCUCAGUCGAUCAGCCAGGAAAUCGACAUUGCAUCCUCAAUGAUCUUACAUUAUCCACAGACUGGUCGUCAAGGAAUUCUCACUUCGAGCAUGCAAAUCAAGACGGAUCCCGUGUUCGCGAGAAUUGAGGGCUCCAAGGGCGUUAUCACGAUCGAAGGUCCUGCCACGUCUGUUCCGAAAAAGUUUACGGUAAUUCCGCGAGGAGAGGACGCCGAGAAGAAGAAAUACGAUUUCUCGCGUCCUGGGUAUGGUUUCUACUGGGAAGCAGAUGCGGUCGCUCAUGACAUUGCCGCGAAAAAGACCGAGAACUCGAGAAUGCCUUGGGCGGAGACUCUGAGGGUAAUGGAGUUGAUGGACGGAGUCAGAGAGCGAGGCGGUGCGCGAUUCCCCCAGGACGAUUCUAUCUAA